ACAGAAAUAUUUGGAUGUCGUUAUAUUUUGAGACGGAUAGAAUACGUGCUAACUACUCUGCUUGUGGUUUGUAUGGAGUUUGGGUGAAGUGUCACGUAGUCAUGUUGCCUUGGCGUCAGGCAGAGAGGUGAACAGGUGAUAAAACAUUAAAACAUGGCGUGAGAUGAGAUGAGAUGAGAGUUGCCAUCGGCUAUUACUCCAGAGCGGCUCGACGUCCCUCUCGCGAAAGCGGAUAGUUUGCUGCUCUCGCGCGCUGUGCGGUUGUCACACACACUUUUCUGCCUUCAACUGUAUCGCCUCUCUCGUUAGGCGGCACGGCGGGGAGCGCUACAAAAAUGGACGCGCCACCGGCAUUCCGCUCCUCGUCGCCGUCGUCGUCGAACGCGAGCGUCCCGAUGGUUGUCAUCACCGUCGUCGGCAUCCUCGCGGCGUUCGCGCUGCUCGCGAGCUACUACGCGUUCGUGACCAAGUGCCAGGCGCUGCGCGGGCUGUGGUCCCGCGGCGCGAUGCCGUGGCGCGGGCACGGCGGCGGCGGCGCGCGGCGGCGGGCCGCGCGGGAGGCGUCGGUGAUCCGCACCGUGGCGACCGAGGAGCGGGGGCUCGGCAUGCCGUUUAUACGGAUGCUCCCCGUCGUGAGGUUCACGGCGGCGGCAUGCGGCGGCGCCGGCGGCGAAGGUGGCGGCGGCGGCGUGGGCGCGAGGAUAUCCGUGUCGGAGUGCGCCGUGUGCCUCAGCGAGUUCGUGGAGCGGGAGCGCGUCCGGCUGCUGCCCAACUGCUCCCACGCCUUCCACAUCGACUGCAUCGACACGUGGCUGCAGGGCAACGCGCGCUGCCCCUUCUGCCGGAGCGACGUCACGCUGCCGUUCACGCCGCCGGCGGCGGCGGCGCCGGUGCGGCCCACCUCGGCCACCCACCCCGACGACGACGAAGACGCCGAGAGCGCGCGGCGCCACCACCACCACCACCACAACCACAACCACCGGCCGGACGACGAGCUCAUCAACAGCAUCGUGAUCGAGGUGAGAGGGGAGCACGAGAGCUGGGUUAGCCACCGCGGCGGCGCCGCCGCCGCGCCGCCUGCGACCAAGCGGACGCCGCAGCGGCGGCGGAAGCCGGAGAGCGUGGGCGACGAGGCCAUCGACACGAGGAAGAAGUACGACGAGGAGUUCGCGGUGCAGCCGAUGAGGAGGUCGCUGUCCAUGGACGACUCCUGCCACAAGCAGCUCUACGUGUCCGUGCAGGAGUUCCUAACCCAACAGAGGCAAGUGUAACAAAAAAAAAUGUACACAUUAUUUUUUUUUCUCUCUCUCUCUCUUCUGAUGAUGAUGAUACACCGAUUCGUCAACCAUCCUACGUAGGGCAACAGCCGUACGUAUACGUAUGUACGUACGGUGCCGGCCUGUACAUUUGCUCGCUAGCUAGUACGUAGCAUGCAGUAGUUGGUGGUGAAAAUUCAAUUCUUUUGUAGCUAGGCAAGCUUUUUUUCUUAAAAAAGAAUACCGAUUCUGUGCAUUA